ACCUGCUCGGUUCGGACUGAGUUUGUUACAGGUGGUUUAUUUGUCGGAGCGCGUCAGAUUUGCGCUCAGUCGUUAUUAAAAUGACACACACGUGCCAGUGCACACAAGCUGGAGUCUGACAUGAGGGCGCACGUUGCUCCAAUGUUCUGAUUUAUUUUAUUUUAUUUCAUUUGAACAAGAGUUUGGAAAAAAAAAGGGGGGUCCGAGCAGCCUCCAAGUCCGCUUCCCAAUGAUCAGCUCGGUGUGCGUUUCGUCUUAUCGAGGGCGCAAGUCGGGCAACAAACCUCCGUCUAAAGCAUGUCUGAAGGAGGACAUGGCCCGGGGCGAAGACUCCGACAAGAUUAUCAUCAACGUGGGCGGAACUCGACACGAAACCUACAAGAGCACCCUGCGGACCCUGCCGGGGACGCGCCUGGCCUGGCUGGCGGACCCGGACCCGCAGGUCAGCUCCGACGCGAGCGCGGCGCCUCCGCCUUCCUCCGAGUUCUUCUUCGACAGACACCCGGGCAUCUUCGCCUACGUGCUCAACUACUACCGGACCGGCAAGCUGCACUGCCCGGCGGACGUCUGCGGGCCGCUGUUCGAGGAGGAGCUGGCCUUUUGGGGCAUCGACGAGACGGACGUGGAGCCGUGCUGCUGGAUGACCUACCGGCAGCACCGGGACGCGGAGGAAGCCCUGGAGAUAUUCGAGCCUCCGGACCCGGACGACGCCGACGACGACAGAGAGGUGCCGAGACGGUUCGGCAUCGAGGACUGUCCGGACCGGUCCAGGGGCUGCUGUCAAGUUUGGCAGCCGAAGGUGUGGGCCCUGUUUGACGACCCGUACUCAUCCAGAGCGGCCAGGGGAGUGGCGCUUGCGUCGCUGUUCUUCAUCCUGGUGUCCAUCACCACCUUCUGCCUGGAGACCCACGAGGCGUUCAACGAGCUGCAGAACCGCACGGACGUGGUCUUCGACGGCAACGUCACACGCGAGGUGGAGAGCAGGGAGAUGGUGACCAAGCCCAUCCUCACCCUGGUGGAGGGCGUCUGCGUCGUCUGGUUCACCUUCGAGUUCCUGAUGCGAAUCGUCUCCUGCCCGAACAAAGUGGUCUUCGUCAAAAAUGCGCUCAACAUCAUCGACUUUGUGGCCAUUCUGCCGUUCUACCUGGAGAUGGGCCUCAGAGGUUUGUCCUCAAAGGCGGCGAACGACGUGCUGGGCUUCCUCCGCGUGGUGAGGUUCGUCCGGAUCCUGCGGAUCUUCAAGCUGACGCGACACUUCGUGGGCCUGCGGGUGCUCGGCCACACCCUGAGGGCCAGCGUCAACGAGUUCCUCCUGCUCAUCAUCUUCCUGGCGCUGGGCGUUCUCAUCUUCGCCACCAUGAUUUACUACGCCGAGCGCAUCGGGGCGCAGCCCAACGACCCGACGGGCUCCAACCACACGCACUUCAAGAACAUCCCCAUCAGCUUCUGGUGGGCGGUGGUCACCAUGACCACGCUGGGCUACGGAGACAUGUACCCUCAGACGUGGCUGGGCAUGAUGGUGGGGGCUCUGUGCGCGCUGGCCGGCGUGCUGACCAUCGCCAUGCCGGUCCCCGUCAUCGUCAAUAACUUUGGGAUGUACUACUCGCUGGCCAUGGCGAAACAGAAGCUGCCCAAGAAGAAGAAGAAGCACAACCCCAACCCGGACGCCCCGACCGACUCCGCCUCGUUCGGCAAAUCGGAAACCAACUCGCACCGGGACAGCACUCAGAGCGACACGUGUCCGCUGGCCGCCGAGGAGAACGUCAGCAGGAACCGCUCAGACUCCAAACAGAACGGCGAUGCAAAUGUGGCCCUUUCAGAGGAGGAAGGCUGCAGCUUGACCCAGCCGCUGUCCCCCAGCGAAAAGUGGUCUCUGCGCUGCUCACGGGGCCGAGAUAAGAGUAAGAAGGAGGGCACCUGCUUCCUGCUGACCUCUGGAGACCCCAACGUCCACUCUGAGAGCUGUAAAGACAUCCUCGCCGCCACUGGAAACUACGCUCAGCCAGAGGUCACCACUCUGACCUGACGCUGACCGGCCGCGGCGGCAGGAACAAGCCUGCGGUUCACGGCGGCGUACAUUCCGUCCCGAUUUUUCUGUUUUCCCCUGAAUGAACGGACUGGAUUCAUUUUGUUUUUCACUGGUUGUUCCUUCACCCAGACCCUGUGCUCAAGCGUUAACUGUUCAUUCACUGUAUGUUCACUCACUUAGACGUUUGAGCAUUUCGCAUGUGUUGCAUGAUGAAGUAUUGAAUGAGGAACCUUUAAAAGCACUCGCUGCCUUUCACAUGCUUGUCGUUUAGCGGACGUGUGAAAUAUGAAGCAAGCUGAUCGGCCAGCAGUGAUUCUACAAGGAGUCGCCAUUUCCUGCCCCUGAGGCCACAUAUUCUCAAUAACUGAUCAAAAAUGAGUAGAUAUCGUUAACACAUAACUCUAGACACAUAAGAAUAUCAGCUCUUAGGUUACUAACGAAAACUAGUUAAUUUCUUCAUUAAUGCGUCACUAAACUGCCUCUUUCACCACAUAACUCACACUCAGAUGAUUGUGUGUGAGCUCAGUUUCAUCGCUGGGAAUAAUGUUUGUUAAUUUCAUUAGCUGAGCAGUAAAACUUAAAAUUUCACCGUUUUAGUUCCCGUUUUGGCUUAAAUCCUGUUCAUGUUAAACAGAAUUGGUCCUCUCGAGUCUUAAUCGGCACAUUCUGAGGGUUUUCUUUUUUCUUAUCCAGGGCUAAAACAUCAACAACAACAUGGUCUCUUUUAGAGCUUUAAUGCCUUUGAAUGAAUGUUUCUACCACAGAACUGUUACUGUGAAUCAGGACUUGAAAGUUUUUUCUUUAUUCCAUCUGAUCCUCAACCAAACAGAUUUCUUUUUGUUUUUUAAUUGUCUCUGCCUUCUGUUGGCGCCGCCGAUAGCAGAUAGCCUGUAGAGACCGUGCUCGGUAUGAACGCUACUCAGGCAACACAUUGUUUUGUAAAUCCUUGUACAAUAAGAUAGUUUAACAAAAGAGAGCGAGAAAAAAGAAAAAUCAAUGGAGCAGUAUUGUCUGUCUAUUGCAUUAGCUGUACAAUUGAUGCAUCAUUACUGGUUGAGUCAGGACCAAAUGUAGACUUUAUUAGAUUACAUGGUAGAUUUUCAGUACAUGUUAGUGGGGAAAAAAAACAACAACAACAAAAAAAAACCUACAUACAGUGCGAUGCCAUCGGUUUCACUUGUGCCUCUUGUCGAGUAAUGGAGUUUAAAUGUGUGCAGUAAUGUAAUUGGAUUUGUUUUCUCAACACUUCUGGUUGUGUCGGAUCAGUAAGAACCUGGUUACGCUGUUUCCAGACAGCGUUUCCACUUCACAACCGGAAAUACACACGUAUACACCAUGUUCUUCAUGGUCUACCAUAGUGGCCUUAUGUUUAAUAAGCAAAGGGGAGAUUAAUUUUAUUCUUAUUAGAUGAUUUAUAUGCCGACCAUCACAUCUGUCAUUAUGUAGAAGCACAGCUGUAUGUAUGUAGCACACUACGAGAAUGUAGAUCUCUUUCUUUCCUCCUCUGCAUAUGAAGUUUAUGCACAAUAUAAUAGGUGUUAACCAACACUGAAAGGUGAUCACUUUGAUAAACCGCCUUCAGAUCUCAUGUCUUGAUUUCCUUGUUGGCCGAAAAGCACACAGUACAUCAGUUUGAUAUUCCCCCCUUUAGAGAUCGUAUUAGUGACUUUGAUGGAUUUUAACCCAAAUUAUAUGUGUGUGUGUGUGUGUGUGUGGGAGUGUGUGUGCGCGUGCGUGUGAAGUAUCAUGUAGGCAUGUGUUUUUAUGCAAAAAAA